ACACAAAUAUUGGGGUGCCUAGGUUUCGAACCUCUGUUCACAUUGAUGGAGGUGAAAAAGCCAUCCCCCACCCCACUAACAUCAAGGACUAUAAUAAUCUUAUGAGUGGCUUGAAGAUGGAGGAAAAUUGAUGUGGACAUUUAAACAACUCUCAUUUCGAAGAAACCCAAGGUCGUUGGAAUUGGAAAGCUCCUAGUUCUUGCAGGGCAAUUGUCCCGUGGUCCACAAGAACGCGGGGAGAAGAACAACUGUUGACUUGAUUGGACGCCUUAAGAAAAUAGCCUAUUUUCUCAACCGCAAAUAAUAGAGCUAAUAAUAUUGAACUGAAAAGGAGGCGAAUGAGAAAGAAUUAUCCUUCAAAAACAAAAACAAAAACAAAAGAAUAUAUGAAAGAGCUAGCAUUAUUGAAACCCUACCCAAAAACAAAAGAAGAUAUGAAGCCACUGAGAUAGUGAUCAUUUUGUUGUGGUAUCAUCUCUGUUGGUUAAACUGUGACUGACUGUUUAUCCACACCUGUUGAUCUCAAGAGCUGUGUCCAUUCACGACUUGCCAUGGAAGCUGUGAUUGUAGCUCCGCUUCUAGAGGUGCUGUUUGGAAGGCUAACUUCCUCUGUUGCUGGUGAAGUGCAAACUCGCCGAGAUUUCAAGAAGGAGAUGGAGAAGCUGCGGAACAUGUUACCAGUGAUUCAAGGCGUGAUAGAAGAUGCAGAGGAGCAGCAGAUGAAAGAUAAGAAGGUCAGAGGUUGGCUGGUGAAGCUCAAAGAAGUGGCCUGCGAAGCAGACGACCUGUUGGAUGAGAUUUCCACCCUCCUUCUGCGAAGACUGUUAAUGGAAGUGACCAACGGCAACUACAACGACCUGUCUUACAGACUUCGUAAUCGACCUUCAAACACCGAGGAGGGGUUUGGUCUCAGACUGAGACAGAUUCGACAACGGACAACAUAUAAGGUAAGGAAGACUACCUUAAAGCUUGCAACAAUUCCAGUUCACUUUAAAAUGUCGCGUAAGCUGAAGGAGAUUCGGGAAAAUCUGGAAGAUCUCACCAAGCAAAUGUCUUGCUUCCAAUUCAAACAGUGUUCGCCAUAUAAGCGGUCAGAUACCAUGGAGAGACGCGAAACCGGACCCUAUGUUGAUGAAUCUAAGGUUUUUGGCAGAGAUGAGGAUGUGAAGAAGAUUGUUGAGAAGUUGCUGUCAGGAAGUGGUCCUCAAGUUCCAGUAAUUCCGAUUGUUGGAAUUGGAGGCAUGGGGAAGACAACACUUGCUCAGUUAGUAUACAAUGAUCCGAGGGUCAGGAGGCAUUUUGAACUUGAGAUGUGGGUAUCCAUCAAUGAUAAUUUCAACUCGAAAAGGAUCAUCAAUCAAAUGUUGGAUUAUGUCACAAAGAGUAGCCAUGACAGCUUGCAGAUUGGUGUGCUGCAGUCUCAGUUGAGGCAAUCAUUGGGGGGAAAAAGAUACUUACUUGUGCUAGAUGAUGUGUGGAACCAUGAUCAAGAUGAAUGGGAUAAACUAAUUAAUCCAUUGAAGGGCACUGCGGAUGGAAGUAAAAUUAUACUUACUACACGGAGCGAGGCAGUCGCAGCAAUAACUAGUGCAUCUCCCCCUUACCGUUUGGAAGCGCUAAGCAAAGAUGAUUGUUGGAAAUUGUUCAAGCAACUAGCCUUUUCAGAGGGAAAAGAAGAUGAAUUUCCAAGCUUACUGCCCAUUGGUGAACAAAUAGUUGACAAGUGCAAAGGUGUACCUUUGGUGGCUAAAACUCUUGGAAGCCUACUGCGCUUAAAAAGACAAGAAACCGAGUGGUCAAAUGUGCAAAAGAGUGAGCUGUGGAGUAACAAUGGAGGUGAGAACAGAAUUUUAACAAUCUUACGACUGAGUUACAAUCACUUGCCAUCGCAUCUAAAACCUUGUUUUGCAUAUUGCUCAGUGUUCCCUAAAAAUUACGAGAUAAAUAAGGAAAAGUUGAUCCAUCAAUGGGUUGCACAAGGCUUAAUUGAUGAUCAAGAGUCUUUCCUGAAUAUGGAGGACAUUGGGAACGAGUAUUUUAACAACUUAUUGAUGAUGUCUUUCUUUCAAGGCAUAAGAAAAUCUGAUGACGACGAAGUUAUGACAGAGUUUACAAUGCAUGACCUUAUUCAUGAUCUUGCAAAGUCUGUCUCUGGAGAAGAAUUUAUGACUCUUGAGCAUGACAACGUGCGUUCUAAUCUCAUAGAAAUUCCGUACCUGACAGAUGGUUUCUCAAAGAUACGCCAUGCUUCAGUUGUUUCCAAUCCUAGCUCUUGUUUGAUCCCCAAAGCCUUGUGUAAAGCAAAGAAACUGCGUACCCUCAAUUUGCUGUCACCAAGAGAGGAUUCUGAGCAAGUCCUUCCUGCUUUAGUCUCAACUUUUAAGCACCUCAGAGUGCUCAAUCUGAGUGGAUAUGACACUAAAAGACUGCACAGAUCGAUUGGGGGGUUGAUAUAUUUGAGAUAUCUUGAUCUCUCUUAUACUCUCAUUGAGACCAUGCCAGCAACAAUCUGUGAUCUCUGCAAUUUGCAGACACUGAAUCUUUCAAAUUGCAGUGAGCUCAGGGAGUUACCAAGGGGUACAGCAAGGUUGAUAAGACUGAGACAUCUGCAUAUAGAUAAUUGUGCAAAACUUGAUUACAUGCCCCCAUCAAUCGGAAACUUAUGCCAACUUCGGACUUUGCCAGUAUUUAUUGUUGGUUGCAAAAUCGAAGAUGACAUUAUUCAGCUUCUGACACUGAGAAAUCUUGAAGGCAACUUAAAAAUCACACACCUGGAGAGAGUUCCUAUAUGUCAUGAGAUCUCAGGUAUUCCGAGGUGGAUGUCAUCAAGAAACUUCUACUCAUUAGAACUGUCAUGGGGGUAUGUUGAUGAGGGUAAGUCAGCUAGUAACACAUCCAGCAGACAAAGUCCCAGGCGCAAUCCACUUGAAGAUGAGAAUUUAUGCUAUUGUUUUGAACCAAACCACUGUAUAAGAAAUUUGUCCAUAAAAGGUUAUUCAGGAGAAACCUUUCCCGAUUGGAUGAAAGGCCUUGAAAAUCUCACUCAGGUGAACUUCAUUAACUGCAAGAACUGUGAGAGUCUUCCUACGCUUGGGCAACUUCCAGUCCUCAAGAUCCUUAACAUCCAAGGAAUGGAAUCCAUCGUAAACAUUGGUGUUGAGUUCUCAGGUGAAGGUGAUAGACCAUUCCCGUCACUGAAAGAACUAACACUCAGAGACUUUCCUGCAUUGCAAACUUGGAGAAGUAAGGAUUCUGUGGAUGCAUUUACUUGUCUGGACAGAUUAAUCAUCUCAAAAUGUCCAUUGUUGAUAACCAUGCCAUGGUUUCCUUCUCUUCAAAACUUGGAGCUGCAGAACUGCAACGAUAAGGUAGUAUGGCCAGCAUCAGAUCUAAACUCGCUUUCCACUCUCAUUAUUGACUUCUGUCAAGAGUUAUGCUUUCUACCAAAAAGAUUGCUGCAGAGCAAUUCACGUCUGAAGUCCUUAACACUUACCUCAUGUCCCAAGCUUAGCUCUAUACCUGAAAAUCUAGCAAACCUGACUGCUCUGGAAUCGCUGAAAAUUGCGUGGUGUGACCAGCUAGAUACUUUGCCACAUGGAUUAAGAAACCUCACGUCACUGAAGAAUUUGGAGAUCAUUGAGUGUCCUAAUUUAUCCUGUUUGCCAGAAGAAAGCAUGGAAGGCUUGUGCUCACUUCGAUCAUUCUCGAUUGAGAAUUGUCCAAGCUUAACAUCUUUGCCAAUGGGGAUGAAACACCUCACAGCCCUUGAGAACCUCACAAUCAUGUAUUGUCCUAAUAUGGUUCAUCUGCCAGAUAAUUUUCAAUGCCUCUCAGCACUUAGAAGCAUGGCCAUUUUAAGCUGUUCGGAGAUCGCAUCUUUGCCAGAGGGACUGCAACACAUCCAGAAAUUACAAAUCCUGGAAAUUCGUGGCUGUCCAAAACUCACGGAAUUGCCAGAGCGGGUUGAGCAUCUUGUUUCACUUCGGUCUUUGACAAUCUCAGAGUGUCCAAAUAUAAAGUUGUUGCCAAAUGGUCUACAACGUCUCACUGCGCUCCAACACCUGUCCAUCAGAGACUGCCCUGAGCUUGAGCAGCGUUGCAAGAGAGGAGAUGGUGAGGACUGGCAGAAGAUAUUUCAUAUCCCAUUUAUCUAUGUUGGAUCAUCAGCAUUGCAGCAGAGGCAAGACAUUGCAUCGACCUCACAAAAUCUUUAGAUGGCUACACAGGAAGACAACUGGCUUGCAUCCCCUAACAAGAGAAUCAGGAAGAGUGAACAUCAAGAAAGAGUUUUCUUCCCAGUAAAGUCUUUUUUUUCUGAAAGACCAUGGCAUGUGUAAUGAAAGAAUUUACUUUGAUGUAACUGGCUUUGGCUUUCUAUGUUAAUAAAACUUGAUUUGUACAAAAGAAAAAUGCUCUUACCUCAGAAGAUCUAAUUCAGAUAAAGACUUGCUGGGUUGUGGUUCAUUCUGAAAUUGUCACGGUCAUCUCAAUCUUGUAAAUGUGCAAAUGAGGGAGGGGUGUAAGAAUUAUGAUGGA